GCCCUUUAACUUUUCUCCUUUACCUCUCCUUCCUUCUUAAGAAAUGCCUUCCUUUGAUGCUAUCAUCUGUCUUAAACCACAUUGAUUUCAAUUAACUGUAGGGACACAAAUGAAAAUAGAAAACCUCAAUUUGCAUCGAACUCUUCCUUCUAUGAUAAGAAACACACCUUUUUAUAUUCCUACAACCUUUCACUUCCAUUCCUAAGUUAAAAAAUUUGAUCAAGAAAAAGGCUUUUUAGCUCCCAAUCAAGAUUUCAACUAGUGUUUAUUAAUUCCCUUCAAGAUGGCUUCUAAUGAUCAAGAAUCCAGAAUUCCCCUGAAGCUUUUGGUAGAUGAUAAGAAAAAUAAAGUUAUUGCUGCUGAAGCCAACAGGGAUUUUGUGGAUAUAUUAUUCAGUUUUCUCACGUUUCCAAUUGGAACAAUAAUCAGACUAACCAACAGCCAUCCAAUGUCAAAGACUAGUCCAAUUUUUACAUGUAUGAACAAUUUAUACCAUAGUGUUGAAAACCUUAGUGUUAAGCAUCUUUAUUCAGAAAAUUGCAAGUCAGUCCUUUUAAAUCCAAGAAAUCCAUGCAUAGAAGAUUGCUUCAAGUUGAAAGUGCAGAUAGAUGAUUCUGUUUCCAACAAGUACUUCAAGUGCUCUAAUGAAUACUUCUGCUCAUUUAAGAGCUGGGUGGUCAAUGUUAAAUGUUGUUGUGGAGGAAGGACAAGUAAGGAGAUAUUCUCAGAUAUUAGAAAUCCAACAAAUGAUUAUUCAGGUGUUUUUCUGAGGGGAGGAAUAGAGUUUAUAAUCAGUGAUGAUUUAAAAGUGUUGCCUGGUUCUCCAAGUUCUCUUUUACAAUUAUUUUCUGAUCUUGGCUACAACUACAUGAGUCAGAUAAGGGAGAUGCAUGUGGAAGUUGGCAAGGAGGAGAUAUUACGACUGCUCACUUGUUCAUUGAUCUCAAAAUCUCCUUUAACUGAGGUGUUUCUGAACAAGCAAGGAGUUGACAAAAACACCAUGCCUGAGCCAAGAAUUUCACAAGUGUUUCCUGACGUUGAAACCAGGAACGACUGUAAAAUGAACCUGAAGCUAAUAUUAAGCGAGUCUAGAAACAAGAUACUGUAUGCUGAAGCAAAGGAUUCGUUUGUUGAUUUUCUGUUCAGUUUCCUCACUUUUCCCAUUGGUUCAGUAAUUGCUACCAUAAAUGGGAUUUCUGGACUAGGAUGCAUAGGAAACUUGUAUAAAAGUGUGACAGAUUUGGAGUCCGAAUGGAAUUAUUAUGGCCAAAGCAGAUUACUCAACGCUGGCGUUGCACCGAGACAUAAAUGCCUGAAUGAGUUGCUUCCGAUUACUGUAGUACUUGAAGAUUAUCAUCUUUUAGAUCCCAGGAGCAUAAAUGUUGGCCAAGACAGUGAAUUUGGCAGAUUAACAAUGUCGCCUUCCUUGUUCAUUGUUUCAGACAAUUUAGAAGUUACACCUAUGUGUUCUACAUCAAGUUUUGGCUUACUCAAAGAAUUAAAUGUGCCCUUGUGUGACAUGGAAGAGCAAGUGAUCUCCAUUGGUAAGGCAGAGGCGCAGUGCUUGCUGCAGGCGGCUUUAAUCGGGUCAUCAUCUGCCUUAACACUUGCCUUGAGCUCUUUCUUGAAAAUGAAGCAAGAGAAGGACUAA